AGCUUUUCGAGAAAGGAGUGAACUGGAUUGUUUUCUUGAAUUACCUGUGUUUGUUCUUUGGUACAGAGUCAAAGGGGCGAUCUGGUUCACCUUGACAAGCACAUCGAUAUUACGGCCUGAAUCUGCCUUGGAGAGUUUUCUAUUGUUAAUUUCCCGGUACAAGACCUGGCGUGCCCGAGUCUGUCUAUUGGGCUGGUGUCUUCCAUUCUGUUAUUGUUAGAAGCUGCUUGCUUGUGAAAGAUUGUUUCGCAGUCGACCUGAGGAGUUGUCAAAACUAAAAGUUCUCUUCUGGAAUAAUGUGAAGUUGGUAGUAGAGAGCAAGGAAGUAAGCAGACCUGCAGUAGACAAAAUCGUGUUUAUUUGUUUCGGUAAGAGCAGUGACACACAGCCCAGGAAUCUGGCAUCCUUCUGUCCAUUUGUUUGAGAAGAAACUUGUGAAGAAAAGUUUCGGUUUCUACCCUCCAAACUGGAAAGUAUCUGUUGGCGUAACUGUGGUCGCUGACAAACUGAUCUUCUGGCUUGUCCUAAAUCUCAAGGACAAAAGAGUUUUGCAGUGUUUUUGAACAGUGAGGUGGAACCAUCGAACUCUCCAUUGUGAGUUUAAUUAAAGGUAUAUCCCACGAGGCUUCGAUUCGAGAGCUGCGUAAGAUUUUUAACAUAAAUAUAACUUUACAUUUUGUAAACUAGGAUUAAUCAUGGCAGAACCUUCUAUUAAAAAGGAAGAGCAGCAGUCCUUGCGUUCGCUCGACUCGCUGGAUUUCAAUGCAGUCGCCGAUUUUUCAGAUCUUUCUAUCAGAGAUCUUACCUUGCUGAUGGAACACAGGGGACAAGAAGCAAGAGAUUACUUAAAUUCAAACUUUGGAGGCGUGCAGAAGCUUAUCCACAAGCUGCACACUUCUUCUGAGAGAGGAAUUGGUGGAUUUCCCGAAGACCUUGAAAAUCGCAAGGCAGUGUUCGGUUGCAAUUUCAUUCCACCAAAACCUCCCAAAACCUUUCUCCAGUUUCUUAUUGAUGCUUUCAAGGAUAUCAUCCUUAUAAUUCUGACCGUUGCAGCGGUCGUAUCCCUAAUGUUAGGAAUUUUUGCGCCAGAGGAGUGCGAGGGGUCGGAAGACAACACUGGCUGGAUCGAUGGCUUUGCUAUUAUUGUUGCAGUGAUAAUAGUGGCAUUAGUGACUGCGGUGAACGAUUAUCAAAAGGAGCAGCAGUUUCGAGGCUUGCAGAAUAAAAUCGAGAGCGAACACAAAUUUACAGUUGUGAGGCAUGGAGAACCUAUUGAAGUACUGAACAGCGAAAUAGUGGUGGGUGACCUUUGCCAGGUCAAAUAUGGUGAUUUAUUGCCAGCUGAUGGUGUUGUUGUUCAGUGUAAUGACUUGAAAGUUGAUGAGAGCUCUCUGACAGGAGAAUCAGAUCUUGUUAAGAAAGGACUAGAGAGAGACCCACUGCUACUUGCUGGAACCCACAUUAUGGAGGGAAGUGGCAAGAUGGUGGUUUGUGCUGUGGGAGUGAAUUCACAGACAGGAAUAAUCUUUUCUUUGCUUGGAACACAUGGUGAUAAAGGAGAAGAAAAGCCAGACGGGAAGGGUGAAGAAGCACCACAGUCACCAUCCAUUAAAGCCAGUAAGGAUGACUUUGAGGAUAUCAACUUGGAUGAGGAGAAAGAUUCUGAUUCAAAUGGAAAGGAAAAGAAAGACAAGGAUGAGAAGUCCAUCCUUCAAGGAAAGUUAACAAAACUGGCAGUCAGUAUUGGUUGGCUUGGUGUGGCUGCUGCCCUCCUAACAAUUAUUGUCAUGGUCUUGCAGUUCAGCAUCAGAAAGUAUGUCAACGAGAAAGCUUCUUGGCAAAGUGAGCACUUAAAUGCUUACGUCAAUGCCUUUAUUACUGGUCUGACAGUGUUAGUUGUAGCUGUACCUGAGGGUCUGCCACUGGCUGUUACAAUUUCUUUGGCAUACUCUGUUAAGAAAAUGUUGGAUGACAAUAAUUUAGUCAGACAUCUUGAUGCCUGUGAAACCAUGGGCAAUGCAACAGCCAUCUGUUCUGACAAGACAGGAACUCUAACCACAAAUCGCAUGACUGUAGUUCAGAGUUAUCUAGCAGACAAUCAUAACAAAGAAGUGCCAAAACAAGGACAGCUGCCACAGACACUGGUUGAGUUGCUCUGUAAAGGAAUUGCGAUAAACAGUAGCUACGCUUCCAACAUACUGGUGAGUAAACAUUCUACGUCCAGUUGUUUGUUAGUAGAUUUCUAUAUGUCAGUUGUGACAAUAAAGGGCAAAAGAGGUCAAAAAAAUGCCAUCUAUGUUUACACAAGAUGAUCCAUCAAUGAAUAAUCAGAAAACAAAGAAAUGUGUCAUGUAAUAGUGUGGUUGGUUUAGCUAUUAUAUAUAAGGUGCGUCUGUACUCACAAAUAAUGAAGAACACAUUGCAGACAGUUCACAAGACUAUCUACAAAAAUCUGGUUGAGGUUUUCAUGUCAUGACAGUUAACAUUGUUGAAGGAAAAGUCGGUUUGAAAUUUAUUGCUGUUGUAGAGUUCUCUUUUGGAGGUUGGGAGGGUGGGAGUGGACUGGUCGAUGUUUUAGUAUAGAAAGGCUUUGUAUAUAACUCAGUGCUAAUGAAAGCCAAAUCAAAAGAUGAUAUGUAUCUCUCACUAGUUUUCCAUCCAAUUUAUCAAGUUUAUUCUGUAAUUGAUAUUGAUUAAUGACAUUUGCAUCUUAAUAUCACAAACAGAACAUAUAUUUUGGCUAACAACAUCAGUUCCCUUGUGUAGCUCUUGAGCUUGGUUUCCUGUUGUCCCUUUUGGCUUUCCCUUCAAUGUCAAUAGUAAUCCCUUCUUGAAUUAUAUUAGUAGCUUUACAAGCAUAAGAGUAAUCAUUUCCAAAUGAUACUGAAUUAUUACUUUCUCCAAGUUAAAGCUUGUGAAUGAAUUUGACAUUUUCCUUUUGAAAAAGUCAUAUAUGUGCAUGAAUACAUAAAAAGCCUCUUUAGAAAAUGCAUGGUUUCGAAAUUUUUGAAGGUGAACCAGAAAAGUACCUGUAAGGUUUUUUUUUCUUUUUUUUUUUUUUUUUUUGGCAGAUAACCACAAAAUCAUUUGGAUGAAUUUCAAUAUAUGUAUCAAAAGAAAUGAGAGCAACAUCUGCUAAAAUCAUCAGUAUCCAAUUGUAUGUCUACAGACAGUUGAAGUUGUUAUCUGCUGAUAUUAGAUUUGGCUUCAGUAAUUUUGACUAAAAUUUGAUCUAUAAAUACAGAAAAAUUAAUCAUCAAUAAUUUUUCAAAACAAGGUAAACAAGAAGUAUUGCCAAGGUCAGUUGCCUUAUGCAUCUUGCCCAGUGAAAAUAGCAGUAUCUCUGAGGUGUUAAUUUCACCAACCUUUGCACAGGAUGGGGAAAAAAACAAUAGAGAAAUCAGUUUGGAAUACACUAUUUUCCAAUAGUUUUUUACUAGUAAGCAGAAAGUUUUACUUUGAACCAUGAAAUAGUGGGCUUGUUUUAUUUCUUCAAGUUUAAUACAAUUUGCCAUUAUUUGUUUGGUACUGUGUUUAUAUUUUUUAGUUAAAUCCUGGAACAGAUGAUAAACUGGUAAACAGAAAUUUGAACCAUGAAAAAGUGGGCUUAUUUUAUUUCCUUAGGUUAAAUAAAAUUUGCUAUUAUUUUUUUUUGGAAUUGUGUUAUAUUUUCAAGAUAAAUCCUGGGACAGAUGGUAAACCUCAAAAACCAUUUCCUAGUGUAACUAAUUAACCCUCUUUCCUCAAGGAAGGAAAAACAGAUGUUUUCUGCCCAUAUACUUUCCUUUUAUGGCAGGCUUUCUUGUCAUUUGUAGAGAUGAUAUGUUUAUUAAAUGUUUUGGACUUUUUUUGUGCAUUUGAAUUGUUGUCAUCAUGCAAAUGGAAUGGUUAAUUGUAUCUCUUUUUUUUUAGUGUUAUGUAAAAGAAAUUUAAAUUAGUUUUUUAUAAAUCAUAGCUAUGAUGAUUUAGUGAAAUAGCACUUGUUUGGUGGCCUGUGAAUUUUUAUUAUUUUGUCAUAAGUUGUCCAAUAAUCUCCUUGUGCAAAAAUCACAGGCACUUGUCUGUUUUUUUCAUAAAUAAUAUAUGUUUGCAAAGUGAACAAAAUUGUAUACAAUUUGUUUUAUUUUGAUGCUGGUGUGUCUGACACCUUUCAUUUUCAUUAUUAUUGUUACUAUUAUUCAUGAAGUUUUAUGAAAGCUCUCAAACUAGAAUACUUUGUAGAAAGAAGCUGAGAUCAAAUGGGCAAUCACAAAACUUGCUAUUCAAAAAAAAAUUUUUUUUUUUUUUUUGCAAUAUGCAAAAUUGAGGCCUUUAACAAAAGUUAGUGUUGAGCAAUCAGAAUUCUGUAGUGUAUUUUCAAAAUAAAGUGGUAAGGAAAGCACUGUUAAGAAACUGCUGAACAAUUUGUAGAAGAUUUUGAUAUUAAAAAAGGUGAUGACAUAAUGGGCUGAGGCAAGUUCCAUUUUUACUUGUUGGACUGGUUUUUAGACUGAUCAUGUUAUGGUGUCCAUAAACAGGGCUCUUUUUUAGUACCAGUUUCUGGCAAAAUUUUGUUGGAUUUGUUGCCAUGAUAAUUUGUUGGGAAACAUUGCGUCUAUAUCUGUGACAUAAAGCAAAGUCUAACUUGAAAGUAUUCAUCAGUGGCCAGCUGCUGGCAUUACCAUUGCAAUUGAAGUUAAGACAAUGUUUUUGUUCUUUUUUUUCCCCAAGAAAAGAGAUGUUGAUUUUGCUUAGGAUUUUAUUCUUUUGCAGUGAAUUGAAUUUUUUAUCUCUGGUUUUAGCCUUCAGAACUUCCUGAUGGUCUCCCAACACAAGUUGGAAAUAAGACUGAAUGUGCAUUGCUUGGCUUUGUGCUUGAAAUUGGUGAAACUUAUCAAGAUUACCGAGAUAAUAACCCAGAGUCUAGUUUUGUCAAGGUCUACACUUUUAACUCUGCAAGGAAAUCCAUGACAACAGCUGUACGUCUCCCUGGUGGAGGAUUUCGAAUAUAUUCCAAGGGUGCAUCUGAGAUAAUGUUGAGUCGCUGUACAUCUGUCAUUUGUAAAGAUGGUGAAAUCAAACCCUUUACAGCUGCUGAUACUGAAAAGAUGGUGAAAGACGUAAUUGAGCCAAUGGCCUCUGAUGGUUUGAGGACCAUCACCCUGGCUUACAGAGAUUUCCCAGCCAAUGGAGUUCCUCCUGAGAAAGGUUGGAAAAUAUUGAGUUAUGAAAACUUGGUUAACAACAAUCUUAUCCUAAUCACAAUGCAUAUGAAUUAACCCUUUAACAUUUAUGUGACCAGGAAAGAAUUUCUCCUAACAAUAUUAAUACAAAAUUAAACAGACAAGUGAUAAGAAGAAAGAGAAUUGUCAAUAAGGAAUUAUUAGUUGAUCCAAUACCAAGUUUUUUGAGAUGACGUUAUAAGAUUUGUAUGACAGACCGUGAGAAGAGUUACUCAUGAGACCUGGGGAAUGAAGGGAAGUGAAAGGGUUCAACAUAAGCUUUCUAAUACUCCUUGGACUGGUUGAGAUUAACAAGGAUAUAAUGACUUGUUGCAAACCAGACUAAAUGUAGUACCUUAGGUGACAUAAUUUUAUUUAAGGAUGUUUGAAAUUUGGAACAAAUUAAGCUACAUUUAGGGUGCAUUCAGCAGCAGUCGUUCAUAUUUUAGUCUAAAUUUAGGAUUUUUUUUUUUGACUCGUUUGUUCCUGAUCUACUCCACAUACACAAAUCAUAACAUCAAUUCAUUACCCAGAAAUAUUGAAGUGGCCUUUCUGUUAAUGUGAGACUCGCUGCAUUUUGAUGUGUUGUUUAGUUGGAGAAGCUAGUGCAGAAAUAGAGCCAGACUGGGAAAAUGAAGGUGAAGUGUUGUCUAACAUGACAUGCAUUGGAGUUGUUGGAAUUGAAGAUCCUGUGCGACCUGAGGUAAAUUAUACAACAUGCUAACAUCUUGUUAAGACUAAAGGUGAAAAAGGAAGGCAAGUAUUCAGAGUUUGGAGUUUUGUGUUGUCUUCUUAUAACUUGAACACUGAAGAAGGUAGAUUUUAGGUGCUACCUAAGUGUCAUAUUCAUAAGUAUUUACCACAGGCUUUAAAAUUUACUUUGUUUUGGUUCCUUUAUCGUUUUUGCUAGGUUUUUUAUGUUAAUUGUGGUCUUUGAUUAUAUGGAUAAUUUCACUUUAUUACAUUUACACAAAUUUUGUUGCAUGGUAGUGUAGAUACAAGUUUUUGGGUUGUACUUAAUUUUGUUUGGAAUGUUUUGCUAUUGUGAAAUCUUUUUUCAUCACUACUGUAGUUUUUAUUAAGUUCCUGGUUCUUUUAGCAUGUAACCUCCAGAGAAACUGACCCAUUGUGGAAUAUUUUCAGGUACCAGAUGCAAUUUUAAAAUGCCAGCGUGCAGGAAUUGUUGUGCGCAUGGUUACAGGUGAUAAUGUAAACACUGCCAGAUCCAUUGCUUUCAAAUGUGGCAUCCUGCAACCUAACAGUGAAUUUCUUGUACUGGAAGGCAAGGAGUUCAACAAACUCAUCCGUGACUCUUCAGGAAAGGUGGGCAGCUGUACAAAGAUGUACCUUGUAAUUUUGUUUCCAUUGGUUUUAUGGUGAACAAGAAUUCAAAAUGGCUUCUCAAGUAUUUGCUUCAAACAGCAUCUUAUAGUGGUCAUAUAUCCAAGAGCUGGUCAAACUUUUCAAACAACUAACAUAUUUACUCAUGUAUAAGUCAACCUUUUAUGACCAAAAACCUGGGGUUCUGUACAUGUUAAAGGAGGUGCAUGGAAAGAAACAAAGCAGUAGACAGGUUGAGACAAAAACACCAAAAAAGUUGGCACAUUAAAGCAACAAUUUCACAAGCAAAUAUUAACCCCCCUCAUAGCCACCCUUUCCACCAGUUAAUUAAAACUUUCAGAAAGUUACAAAUGGUGUACAUGAACUGAUAAUUCCUCAAGGUAACAUGGGAAAAGGAUUGAUUUUCUUGAAAACCCAACAUCAGCUUAUUUUACAAAUCCAAUAUAUCUUUCAUUUCCAUGAAAUGUACAGGAGAGAAAGAAAUGUAUGAUUUCUUGUAUUAAAAAAGGUGGGGAUAAAGUGGUCAGGAAUCUGUCAACUAUUCUAAAUAUGUACAUUAUUAACAUCAGAAAGGAAAAUGUCACUGUCUUUCAUCAUGAAAAUGGCCAAGACAUGUUGAACAACUUUGUUGUUUCACAAGUCCAUAUCUGUUUUUAAAAGAAACUGAAAAACUACCAGAACAAUUUAAAAUCAAGGCAAAACAGAGUCAUAUUUCUGACCAUUUACUCAUGCAGAUUGUAAAGCAAAUUUGUGCGACCAGUAGUGGAGGAAGUAUAGCUACUUGACUUCUGUAGUUUAGGAUCCUUUUCAUUUACAAGGAAAUACAAAUCAAGUGAUAGUCAACCUUUCCUUAUGCUUUGCAGUUAAUUUUUUUGUCUGCAACUGUUGUUUUUCCCAUCUUGGACAGUGCAACCAAUAUAUGGUGUAUGAUGCUAAAAGGUCUACUGCCAUCCAAGUUUUUGAAACAAAGCUUGUACAUAUGAACAUGUUUUACUGUACAGGUUAGCCAGAAGAAGUUUGAUGAAGUGUGGCCCCAGUUACGUGUAUUAGCUCGUUCCUCACCCCAGGACAAGUACACUCUUGUCAAGGGCAUCAUUGACAGCAAGCUUAAUCCAACACGAGAAAUUGUGGCUGUGACUGGUGAUGGCACCAAUGAUGGUCCAGCACUGAAGAAAGCUGAUGUUGGUUUUGCCAUGGUAAGAUUUCUAUUUCCUAAAUUUCUUAAACGUCACAGUGGCUUACAGAUAUUGCAAACUAAAACUUCAUCCAAGUAUGAAUAAUAUUUUCAAAGCACACUGUCAGCAUUUUUAAGAGUCUAAGAGCCAGAUAUCAAUGAUACAUGGAUUAUAAUACUACAGAACUAGCAUUCUUCUCCAUAAAUUUGCACAUUGUAAGGUACAAAUGACAUGUGGAUAGAGUACAAAUAUCCUGCUAUAUUGAACAAUUGGUUAUUUUGUAUUGUAGAAAAACCUGUUCAACUGGUCAUCUGCAUAUACUAUGCUUCUCUAUCUGCUUUUCUUUUCUCUCCUCAUGAGAAAUGAACAGGAAAAACUUAACAGAAAAAAGAGCAGUUGUAUAAAUACAACUUAUUAGACAUUUUGGUGUGUAGUAAUGCUUAAUAGCAGAGCUCACUGAGUGUAGCCCCAUAAUUAUACAAAAUGGUAGUAGCAACCCAUCAAGCUGAAAAAAUUUGGACUUAUGACUGUACGACCGUACGACUGACCGUACAAGGUGCUACUUUUAAUGUGCGUGGUCAACUGUACUGAGGGCAUGCCAACACCAUGGCUUUGUCCAGUAGUCCAGUGGUCAGUGCACUGGGCUCCGAGUCAGACAACCUCGGUUCUAGUCCUGGCUGGGGCAAGGUGUUGUGCCCUUGGGAUGUGCAGGGGAAAAAAAUGUGAGCUCUGCUUUUAGGCUUGGCUAAAGCUAUAUAUUAUUUUUACUCAUUGUUUGUCUUUUGGCUUGCCUCACUAGCUUGUCAAAAUACAGCACAAAUCAUUAAAAUACUCAGCUAAACUGUACACCACAAUAUUAACUAAUAUUAACACAACAUUACAUAAUUACAUGGGUCACUCCCCUACUUCAUUACUAAUUUACAUAGUGACUAUUCUUGAUGUCCAUGUAGCAGUUCAAACUUGAACAUGAUCCUGUUUAUGUUUUAGGGUAUUGCUGGAACAGAUGUUGCUAAAGAGGCAUCUGACAUCAUUCUAACUGAUGAUAACUUUAGGAGCAUUGUUAAAGCUGUUAUGUGGGGGCGCAAUGUCUAUGACAGCAUCUCAAAGUUUCUGCAGUUUCAGUUGACUGUGAACUUGGUUGCUAUUGUUGUUGCCUUUAUUGGUGCUUGUGUUGUUCAGGUAAGGUACAUGUACGAGUGCUCAUUAAUGUGGGCUAAUUUAAUUAGUUAGCCAGUGACAAACCAUGUAUGAAGUUACAUUAAAACCCCAUUUUAUUCAUUAUAAAACAAAUGCUUCAAGAAUGGAAUGAGUUAAUGCACAGAUAUAUGACAUAAGAAAAUUAUCCUUAUUACUGGAUCGUCCUUAGGAAAGCACCAGUCUCAAAGUGCAAGCCGUUUUUUUUUCUCUUUUGGUCCUCAAUUCAGCAUCAUAGUCUCAGGUGUUCUCAAGGGAGAUGCAGAUAACUGGGUAUGAGAAUCUCAACCAUCCCUACCAGGUUUACCUCUGUCCCCAAUAUCCUGCAAACGUCGGAAAGGGGGGUAACAAAGGCUGAAAUUUUUGCCAGGUUAUAACCAUAACCAUAAUUGUCAGACAUACACUAAAAUCAUCAAGUUAGUUUUCCCUUCUUUUUGCUCCAUUCUUGAUCAAAGAUGGGAAUAUUUUGUUGCACUGCUGUAGCUAUUUUACUUUGUGUCUUCAAGUUGAUUUUUCCUCUUCUAUUUGGCUGCCAUGUGACUAUAUAUUACACACACAGAGUCCUUGAAAUUUGUUUUGAAAAACGCUACAAACCGUAAACUAAUCCACAUGCAAGUUUGAGUCAAACCUUCAAUAGCAUCUACUUGGACUUUUAAUUUGUUGAAGAAGUGUAAGUAAACUUUGACAAUGGAAAGUCUCCAUAGGUUCAUACUAAUCAACAGCAAACUUGCUUUAAAAAUACCUUCCUUCUCAGGUUCUUUCUAUUUAGUCUCUUUUUUUUUUUAAAGGUAAGUCCUCUGACUGGCACACAGCUUCUUUGGGUGAACCUAAUUAUGGACUCCUUUGCAUCACUGGCAUUAGCUACAGAGCCACCAACAGAAGACCUCUUACAACGCAAACCCUAUGGACGCACCAAACCACUUAUCUCACGAACAAUGAUUAGAAACAUUCUUGGUCAUUCAAUAUUCCAGCUGAUUGUCAUGUUUGUCCUGGUAUUCCUGGCAGAUGAUUUAUUUGAUAUAGAAGACGGUUACUUGGAAACAACACGCUGUAAACCAACAGCUCACUCUAGCAUGGUUUUUAAUACAUUUGUUAUGAUGCAACUCUUUAAUGAAAUUAAUUCACGUAAAGUUCAUGGAGAGAGAAAUGUGUUCUCUGGUAUUACCAAUAACCCAGUGUUUCUUAUUAUCAUGGCAGGAACAUUUGUAGUGCAGGUAAGGGUCAAGAGUUGAGUUGUUCAAUUUUAAUCUAUUUUGAAGAGUGAUUAAGGAUGUAAAUGUUCUAUGAAUUCUUUGUUCUAUUUUGGAUACAGUGAUUGUUGAACUUAGUUAACCCUUUAACUCCUAGAUCUAAUUUGUAAUUCUCCUUACUGUCAACCAUACAACUCUUAUAAUGUUAGUUCAGAUAAUUUAGUAUUGGAUCAAUUAAUUAUCCCCAAAUUGAUAUCUUUCUUUAUUUUCAUCACUUUUCUGGUUGACAUUAUAUUGAUAUUGGGAGAAAAAAUUCUGUCUUGGUCACUCAUGGGAGUUCAAGGGUUAAUUUGAAAAUCAACAUUUUGAACAUCCGUUUGGUAUAAGUUCAUAUGAUUUAGAAUGUUUUAACAGACUUUGUUGAUUUUUCAGAUUCUAAUAAUUGAGCUGACUGGUAAAGCCUUCCAUGUAACAGGACUGGGCUGGGAGGAAUGGCUUUGGUGUGUCUUCCUUGGAUUUUCUGAGUUGUUAUGGGGACAACUUGUCCUUACAAUUCCCAAGACAUCAUUCCCAAAGCUUUGCCGAUUUGGUACAAAAGAACUUCCCCUUGCGACAAUAGUGGAACCUGAUGGACCAAAGGACAGCAAGGCUCGUCUGUUGUGGAUACGUGGCCUGACGAGAUUGCAACACCAAGUAAGUAAUUGUUAUAAUACCAAACCAAUUCUUUUUAACUCGUGAAUUGCGCGCAUGCGCAAGAGCGAGUUAUAGAUACGAUGUGGGGAAUAGCAUUUGCUCGCUCGCUCGAUUGGUCGAUUCCUGUAAACUUUUUCAAUUUUAGGCUUUUGAGUGCAUUUGAUAGUUUUUGGCAAGCAAUAAACAAACGAAAUGGCGACCUUUGUUGCUAAGAAUAGUGGUGGGGUGAAAAAGAAGCCAAUGAUAAUCUUAAAAGAGUUUUUUUUUCGUUUUAGUUUCAACAAGCGGCGCCUGCGACUGGCAGGCAUGCAAGGAUUCACACUGAAAUAACAGAACAACCUUCGUUUUUCAUAAAAUUGUAAUUCUCAAUCCUUGAACUUGAAAACAAUCCGAAGAUUCACUGAAAAUAUCACUUACUGCAAAGCGCACGAAGUUUACAGAUGUUCAAAAGCUUUUCUUGUUAUGGCGUGAGAUUGAGGACAAAAUUGAUCAUUACGUUUGGUAUCGUGUGUUUUUCUUGUGUGAAGCAAUAAAAGAUGCCCACCACUGACGAAAUUACAAGUAAACACGAAAAUCAAAUAACGCCUAAACAAACAAUUUUAGCUACCGAUUUUCAGUGAAUUUUUAACGAACAAUUUUCUUUUAAGGUUCAAGACAAUUUGAAGAUUCAAAAUACGUAUCACGUACUGAAAUGCGAAAGUUAUACACCACAAAAUUGAUAAAUAAGCCUGAAAUGAAAUUCUAUCUUGUUAUUGAUUAUACGUUGCCUAGCAUGUGACUAAAAUCUACCCAGGCGGAGAUCCAAAAUGACGGUGGCAGUCUUGGCUCAGUUAUAUCACUCAAAACUCGUUCCUGUUUGUCUCAUUUGAUAAAGAGGGAAUCGUUAAUGUUGUCAUUAAGACAGUAUUGCCUUGAUUUUCUAAUUUUUACAAUGAUAGACAGUAAAUUUCACUUUUCAUCCACAUUUACUUCCAACCUUUUCUUUUGAACCAGAAACAAAAAUGAUAUACGUUUACAACACAUGACAUCAUCCACCCUUGUCAAAUGUAAUAGCAUGAUCAUUUCAAUUUCAAUUACUUUGUUUCUUUGCUACAUUAGCGAACACUGAACUACUGCUUGUACUCUAGAUACGACAAUCAACCACAAAAUUCCCUAAACCAGAUAACAUUAAACAUAAUCCAAAAAAUCAUGUGUCAAUUCACGAGUUUGCUCAUAGAGCACUUUGAUUUUCUGUUUUGAGUGUCUGAAAAUUCUUUGAUAUGGUAACUCGCAUGUCAAAAAAACUACUCAAAAUCUCUUUAUCAACAAAUAUUUUUGAGAUCUGAUGUUUUGUUAAUUAAAAAAAUUUCUCUCUUUUUUUCCAACUCAAAGUUGGACUCUAAAAUUCCCAUUUAUACCAAGUGUGUCUUCCAUUGUUUAAACUGCAUGUAUAUAUCUACUAUUAAUCAAGUUAUGUGGCCACAGUAGUAGAAUAUCAGCUCUCUGUCCUUUUUGCGUACCACCUCACUGCACUUACUCUAUGCUUAAAAAAAAAAAUGCUAUGGACAAACAUUCUUCCAGUAUGGUCCUGAGCUGGUUUGCUUUAUACAAGACUUAAGGCAGGAUUGGAAACAACCCUUAGUUGACCAAUUGAUUUCUCUUCUUUGGCAAGGUUUUAGAUGAUAGCAAAGUUUCACCAAACUUGAAAAGCAAAUCUUGUGCUACGUCAUUAAAUGGUGAUAUACACUUGUCUGCACUUGGACUGCUUUUUUCAAGUAGAAUCCAAGACUUAUCAUGUAUUUUUGUUCACUUGCCUCUAAAAUAUACAGUAUACAAAAUCCUUUGAUUAUUCAUCAAGCAAUGAGUACUCUCUGCAGCAAAGCAUGAUGUACACUUAUUUCUUUCUUGUUCAAUCCAUUGUAGUGUGUGGUUCCUUAAUGACUAUGGGGUUUUAUGUUACUUAGAUCCGAGUGGUAAACGCAUUCAGAAGUGUUAUUGAUGGACGAAGUCAAAGAGCCAUUGCAUCUCCAGCAGUAUUUAAUUCUUUGCUAGCCCCUGUGCGAACAGCAAUGGUCUAUGAUGAUUCACAGUAUCCAUCUGCCUUGGAUAGCACUGAGCCUGGAGCUGAAGCAAUACAGCGGUAUGCAAGUGUGGAAAGCUCUGUCUAAGAUGCCAAAUUUAGUGUUGUUAUAACAUGAUUGAAAUUAUUGUCAGUAAAUACUAGUGAAAGGGUUUAUCACUUUAAAUGUCUUACAUGUUCAUUACCAUUAGAUUAGUGCUUGAUCACUAUCAUUAAGGUCACCUGGCAUUGCUGGUUCUUUCAUGAAAUUCAACAGGCCACUUUUUUGUUGGGCUUAAGUAACUCUACACUGAAACACAGUAAAGCUAAUUCACAGAACAUUGAGGCACUUAAUGUGCUCUAUGCUCUAUGUUGCUACCGAUCACUCUUAUCAGCCUCUGUAUUGAAAAUCAAAAGUAGAGAAAUAACUCUAACUUGAGAACUAACCAUACUCUUUUAUGAAUUAAACUAUCUUUGAUAUAACAUUUUCUUAAUCUAUGCAGGUGAUCAUGAUUGCUGUGGAAGUCCGUGUGGACAGAUUAAAAUUCUCCUCCUCUGUCUUAAUCCUUUUGGUCUCCAGAGUAGAUAGAACCAAGUAUAAAAUUUUAACUGACAGAUGUUUAAAUCUAAUUUGCAAGCAGUUCAAGUCAACUGAGUCAUUGUAAAGAGUACAAAAUGAUUAAGUAGCCCUUUCCUUUUAUACUUUAUCUCUUGCUUAGGAAAGCCGUUGAAUGUCUCACAGAUUGCUUAUGACAGUGGUUUGAAAUUCAGUGGUUAA